CUUCUUGGUGAUAUUUCCUUGAAACACAUCUGAUGUUCAGUUUUGCGUCGAUGUACACAAUGUAACACUUAGGAAUAAGGCGAGAGACCACCGACGUCCUAGCUCCGUAAUCGUUGCCUAGCAGCGCCAGCAGACGACAGAGAAACAUCAUUCCGAUUAGCAUAUUCGCUGCCAGUGGUUGAAGUGGCAGCAAGAACGCCAUACUUUCAAAAGAAGUCUAUUCCCAGGGGAAAAGUAACCUUCUCUGGAAGGAUCAAUGGUUCAAGAGCAAAAAUAAUGCAAGCGAAACGAUUUAUUUAUCGAAUAUGACACUCAAAGUGCUCUGGAUAGAUAUACAUCGCAAAAAAUAUAACUUCUGAUGUUCACUGAACGACGCUUAGGGAAGAAAUAACAAAAUGGCAAUGUUAUUCCACGGUAACUGUUCCCGGCAUGUUUCGUCAGAUAAUUGCACUAGUACACCAGAAAUCUCCAUUGAAGUGCUCUUUUUAGUUGUGGUACUGACGGGAUCGACAAUUGGGAAUGUUUUGGUCUUAUUGGUAGUUAGGCAAAGCCGACGAAAUGAGUGGACUACGAAUUACUUUGUCACUAGUCUUGCUGUGUCAAAUUUAAGUUCACCGUUUCUUUGCGUCUUGUGGACAAUCUUUUGGAUCGUAAGUGGGCGCUGGAUAUUUGGAGAUCUCACUUGUAAAAUAACUUUCUUUUUCCACUUUCUCAAUGCGGGAGUUUCGGCGGGUCUUUUGGCGUGUAUUUCUCUUGAUCGAUUUUACGUGGUUGUUCAUCCACUUAGCUUCAAGAUGACCAGAGCUCAAACAAAAGAGCUCAUAACGUUCGUAUGGGUUUUUAUGAUCUGUGCCACAGCGCCAGCCUUGUACUUUUUCAACGUUGAGUCACCUCAAAGCAUUCAAAUUUGUACUACUGAUUUUAGCGUGACUGAAUGGCAAGUUUUUAUCAUAUUGUUCUUUUUUAUCCCCUUUGGAUUCCCACUAUUCACAACCUUGGGACUAUAUUCGCGUAUAGUAUAUGCUAUAUUAAUGCGGAACAGGCAAGCGAGGAACUUGACUAACGACUUCAGAAGGCAGGCCAACAGGGUGCCUAAGUCAAAAAUCAAAGUACUACGAAUGCUUAUGAUACAGUGGCUGUGCUUCGUGGGUUGUUGGUUACCGUUCCUAAUAUAUCAAGUCAUUCUCUCGCUAGGCUUAAUCAAUUUCAAUAUGGGUUCAUACAUUUCAAUGUUAUUUCUUUCCUACACAAAUUCAGGGCUMAAUGCUCUAAUCUAUUCGCUGUUCAAUGGCGACUUUCGACGUGGAUGUAAACGAGUUUUUUGUAAGCCGGAUUCUUCGCAAGCUUAUCGUUUGACGACAUUGCCGAGCAGAAARAACAGAAUUACUCCUGCUGACCAAGAGUUCAGUUCUGGCGAACACGAUUUUGCCGAAAUGCGACUACCAGAACUAAAACCCUUUAAACAUCACAGUUUGAACGGCACAGCCGACAAAAUAGUCCAUCAAGCUUGGGUUAACAAUAGCACAGCACGAAGAGCGUUAACGGAAAUCUCUUGAAAAAUGGCUUAUCAUUUUUUCGCGCGAGCUAAAUACAGGAAUGAAUAAAAUGAAAAAUGGAAAUAAAUCUAUUUAAUUCCCUUUCAAAUGAAACAUUUGCGGAUUGAAAAGAUACAGGUUCCACACUGAAACUCCUUUCAUCGUAAGCGAAUGAUUUUUGUAUUUAUUUUUUAUUUUUGCYUGGGAAGCAGCUGAAGUCUUUGGCGCGCACGUCAAUUACUCGGUAAGGGUAAGUCUCGUUCCACUUAUAAGACCCGAAGAAGACAAAAAAAUCCUAUUACAUUGUUAAUGCUAUUUGUAAAAUAACAAAUAUAUGAAGAUAUAUAUAGAAAUAUGAAUUCCAUAACGUUUUAUUUAUUGCUUGAAAAAGAAUCAUUGAAACAUGUUAUGAAUAGAAUACUGAAAUAAACAUGAAAUUGUUUCGCGGUA